AUGAGUAACUCUUUUCAAAGGAAAAUAAUUACUUUCAGCUUAUCCUAUUUAGAAGUCAAAACAGAAUGCACGGUUCCAGCUUACAGUUUUAAUGACUCAGUUAACAAUGCCACCUUUAAUUGGGCGGUUGUUGGUGCCGCUGUUGGACUUUUAUUUGGAGGCUUUAAAGGUGCAAUUAUUGGAUCUGUUAUUGGAGCUGCUGUGGGGAUUAUACUUGGUGCUAUUGUUUAUGUUUGUCAUUCUAUUGACAAAGUCUGUGUUGCCGUUAUUAAUACAAGCGAGGAUGUUAGUAGAACACUUGUUGAUGUUAGUAUGGCUUGUAAAUCUGCGGAAAAUGUUUGUAAUGCUAUUCAAAGCCCAUACAAAACUAUUUCUGGUGGAAUACAAAGUAGUGUUUCUAAUGCUUGGAAGACCUUCAAAGGCUGGUUUGGAUGUUGA